GGGGAUUAAAAAUUUCGAGUUGGUUCUGUAGCGGAUUGAUUUUGGAGAGUUUAGGUCAGUGUUAGGAUUAGGGUUAGUCAUGUUCUAUGGUGCAGUGGUAUGGGAUCCAUGGUUAAUUGUUGCCCAAAUAGCGUGCCUUCAAUGUCUUUACUAUCUCACGCUUGGUUCUUUCUUAUCGAUUCUUGUUGGGACUCGCGUGUCUCGCAUGAGUCUUGUCUAUUUCUUUGAUUUCGUUGCUGUCACCACCUCUACCAUCACCGGUUGGCGUGUAAUCACCUCCUUUCUCCUCAGCUCCAUUGCUGGAACUGGAUAUAUGCUUCACUUGAUUGAGAGGUCAAAGAAGUGCUUUGAUUUUUCUGCAACUCUUUACAUCUUCCAUCUCUUUAUAUGCAUUAUAUACGGAGGUUGGCCUUCCUCAAUAACAUGGUGGAUUGUGAAUGGUACUGGACUUGCAGUGAUGGCUUUACUAGGUGAAUAUCUGUGCAUUAGACGUGAACUCCGAGAGAUUCCAAUUACACGAUACCGAUCAAAUGUUUGAUUUACAAGGAAAACUCCAUAGGCAGGAGCAAACUUUGUUUGGGCCCAUACUUUUUGAUCAUCGAAUGGUUUGAAGGAGCUCCUGGAUGAAGCUUGUGAGAUAUGAAAUCCAAACUAUGAUAGGAUGAAUAGUUUUAGCCUACUGAUUCUAUUGACUAUGCUGUAGUUAAUGAUACAAGAUGGCGCAGAAGAUGGUGUAAAUGAUGGGGAGUGGAGCAUGCGAGACUAGGUAUGCAUUGUGUCAGGAAACUAGUAGUGUACAAUUGUGGAUGGUUUCUGGGGAAGAUGCUUCUUGUUCUUCUGAUAUUAUUUUCUCGUUCUGUGCCUUAUUUUAAUAUGACAUAUAGACGAAUUUCCAUGAACUGCGAAAAUAUUGUUUCUCAUUGUCUUUGGAAUUCUUGUAGGGCUGUUAACUAACAUUGAUUUGUUCAAUCUUUAUAAUAGGUCUGUUUUUUAGCUA